AUGUCAUCGAGAUACGACGCAUACGACUCUGAGAGGCCAGAACCGGCUGCAGGACUAGCUGAUGCCGAUGCGCCGGGUGCUGGACCUCUGCUGGAAGGCCAUGUACAGCAGCCAAAUGGGCAUGGUGGUCCAACGCACGACGAUGAUUACGACUCGGGAUCGUCAUCGGAAGAUGAACCACUAGACGUUGAAAAGAAGGAGAAAACGAGAAGACCAUCAGACCAUCCAUUUAGACAACAAAGAUUGAAAGCUUAUAACCCGGUGUUGACUGCUAAAACCGUGAUUCCAUUAUUAGUGGCUAUUGCCAUAGUGUUUGUGCCCCUUGGCGCAGCUAUGUGGUACGCAUCACACAAGAUACAAGAUAUCACUAUUGAAUACACCCAGUGUGAGAUUUUGGCGUUGGAAAAUGUUUUCACUCCUAUACCCGAUAACUAUACCCAUUACAAUUUCAGACAUGACCACUCGGGGUAUAAGCCCAAGUUUUCCUGGAGGAUAAUAGAUGACCCCACGCAAAGGUAUGAAGAGGAUAGGAAAGUUUGCCAAAUACAGUUUCAAGUCUUGGAGGAAAUGAAGGGCCCGCUUUAUCUCUACUACAGAUUGCACAAGUUUCAUGCCAAUCAUCGUCGUUUUGUUAAAUCAUUUAGUGAAGACCAAUUGAAUGGUAAAGAUGCAAGUUUGAAUACGAUCAAGAAUACAGUAGGCCAGAACUGUGAGCCAUUGUCAGAAAGGGAUGGAAAGAAAAUAUACCCAUGUGGUCUCAUAGCCAAUAGUUUGUUCAAUGACACCUUUUCAACUGCACUUGAGGCAGUCAAUGGUACAAGUUCUGGAAAGACGGUUGUACUUACAGACAAAGGUAUCAAUUGGUCCACCGACAAGAACAGAUAUAAAAAGACUCAAUACCAUUAUACUGACAUAGUGCCUCCACCAAACUGGUACAAAAUGUUCCCCAACGGAUACAAUGAAACAAAUGUUCCAGAUAUUUCCGAAUGGCCCCAAUUUCAAAAUUGGAUGCGGCCAAGUGCAUUAGCCACUUUCAACAAGUUGGCAUUGCGUAAUGAUUCAGCAUCAUUACAAGAUGGAAUAUACCAAAUCAAUAUUGGAUUGCAUUUCCCAGUUUUGCCUUACCAUGGUGGGAAAUACAUUUAUCUCUCACAAAGAUCAGUGAUUGGAGGAAAGAAUGACUUUUUGGGUAUCGCAUGGAUGGUUGGUGGUGGAGUAUGUUUUGUAUUGGGCUUGACGUUGUUAAUCAUCAAUUUCAUUAAACCAAGAAAGACUGGUGAUGUCAAUAUGCUAAGUUGGAAUCAAGAAGCUAUCAAGAGAGAUGAACGUGACGCCUCUAUGGCGCAAACGAGUGGGUUUGAGAAGUAG